AUGGCAGGAAAUACUCAUAAAUUCAAUCAAGUCGAUGUAUUCACAGAUACUCCAUAUUAUGGCAAUCCAGUCGCAGUCGUUACUGUGAAUGGUAGCUUAUCAGAUUCACAAAUGCAACGUUUCGCGAAUUGGACAAACCUCAGCGAAACUACCUUCAUCACACCAUCAGAUAAAGCAGAUUACUAUCUCAAGAUAUACACACCAGCUAGUGAACUCCCCUUUGCUGGUCACCCCACUUUGGGUUCAGCUUACGUCUAUUUGAACUCACUUAAGGAGGAAGAACGUCAAGAUCUCAAGAACAAAGGCGGAACUAUCACACAAGAGUGCGGAAUAGGUAUCGUACACUUAAAAUGGGACUAUAGGACGAAUUUGUUGUCUUUCCAGGCACCGCCUCUUCUUAGAUCUGAUGAUGUUGAGCAAGGUCACGUAGAGAAGGUCUGCAAAUGUAUGGGUAUAAGUCGCGAUGAUGUUAUUGAUGCGAAAUGGGUCGAAAAUGGUCCACCUUGGUUUGGUAUACAACUCAAGAAUGCUCAGAAAGUGUUAGACGCUGCUAUAACAGAUAAGGAAAUUGUUUCCGGUCUCUACUUUGGCUUAUUUGGUGAAUAUGAAGAAGAAAAAAGUGAUGUAAAGUUUGAAGUGAGAGCUUUCGCGCCUCUAGCUGAUGGAGUAGGAGAAGAUCCUGUGACAGGAUCAUUUAAUGCUGGUAUCGCAAAAUGGCUACAAAAUCAAACGCCAAAACAUUACUUCAAUUCCCAGGGCACAAAGCUUGGCAGAAGAGGUAGAGUCAGCGUAACAGAAGAGGGCGGUGAAAUUUACAUUGGUGGUAAUGUUUCAGAAUGUAUUGCUGGUAAUGUAAUUAUAUGA